UCGCUCUCCCUCGUCCUCGAGAAACCCCCUUUUUCUCUUCCCGUAGACUUCAGAAGAAAAUCGCCCAAAUUCUCAUUUCCCGAUCUCGAAUCGUGAGAUUCCAGACCGGAUCGGGUUUCUACGGCUAAGAUUUCUCUCCUCAAUUUCGCCAACGGACUGUCGAUCAUUAGCUGAAGCAGCUCCGAGCUUCCGGAAUUGCCUUUCUAGGGUUUCGUGGCGAUUUCGUAAAAUUUCGGAAAUGGUGUUGGUUUUGGGAGAUUAGGGUUUCCAGGGUUUGUUGGAGCUGAAGUUGGGGUUUUUUGAUGCGUUUGAGUGAGAGGAUUGUGUUUCUAGGGUUCUGUGGCCUUAUCGUGAAUUUCCGAGAUAGGGUUGUUUUGAGUCGAAUUAGGGUUAGGGUUUUGGAUGGGUUUUGAGUGAGAGGUGGUGGGGAAGAGAGAGAGAGAGAAAGAGAGAAGAAGAAGAAGAAGAUGUUUUAUUCGCAGUUUAUAUUGGCGAAGAAGGGCCCGCUGGGGACGAUAUGGAUCGCGGCCCAUUUGGAGAGGAAGCUAAGGAAGAAUCAGGUUGCUGAUACAGAUAUCGGCGUCUCAGUAGACUCGAUCCUUUUCCCUGAAGUACCAAUUGCACUACGAUUGUCUAGCCAUCUUCUGCUUGGUGUGGUGAGGAUAUAUUCCCGAAAGGUGAAUUAUCUUUUCCAUGACUGCAGUGAGGCUUUGCUUAAGAUCAAGCAAGCUUUUCGCUCCACCGCGGUUGAUCUCCCACCAGAGGAAUCUACUGCACCAUAUCAUUCCAUCACCCUUCCAGAGACUUUUGAUCUUGAUGAUUUCGAGCUUCCAGAUAAUGCCUUCUUUCAAGGUAAUUUUGUCGACCACCAUGUUAGUACAAGGGAACAAAUUACAUUGCAGGAUACUAUGGACGGCAUGGUUUUCUCAACAUCACAGUUUGGACUGGAUGAGAGAUUUGGCGAUGGAGAUGCUUCUCAAAUUGGCUUAGACCUCGACGAGGAUCUGUUCUUGAACAAGGUUCCUUCACCUGGACAUGCUUCCGUCCCAUUGGACUCAGAAGAGGAUGCGGAUCCUCAGACAGCUGGUCAACCAGAGACAACUUUCACCCUAAUGGAUAUUGAUGGUGUUGAAACUUCAAAAGAUCAGUCAGAACCCCUUUCUGGUGAAUGCAGAAUCCAUGUUGAUUCAAAUGUCCAAGAUCCAAGGGGAGCUGAUGAUUCCGUGUACGUACAUGGUGACCAAAUUCAAACUCCAGAUUUAAAUGAAGAGCUUCCCUAUGAACCUAUUGAAGGCCAAUCUGCAGAUCCAAAUCCUAUGGAGUUUCCUGGUAAUGUCGCUCAUGUUCCAUUGUCAGACUUGGCUGAGUGUGCUCAGGCUCCAUCUACUCCUGGAUUGAUGGAAGGGGCAAUCCUUGCCAGUGUUCAAGAAGUCCCAACUUUGAGUCUUUUGAGGAAAAAUUCACUACAUGAUGCCGUGGAAGGUCUUACACCUGACAUGAAUGACAAUUCUCACUUGGAACCUAUGGAUCUCGAUUCGACAGAACCGAUGCAUGAUGAGAACUUCGGCAGUCCACUAAACGAGUUAGAUUCUCAUGGUGGAGAUACAAAUCGUAUGGACUUCCCUCUAAACGAGGGCACCACAUCUGAUGUUCACCCUGUUCAGGACAAGGAAAAUGAGUCCCCUUGUGACAUGCUGCAGAAUAUACCAAUAGAGCUACCUGUGGAUGGUCCACCUCCUUCAGGAGCUGAAGGUCAGUUUGUCCAGGCUGUGCAUUCACCAACUUCAGUUUCAACUGAACCAAAAGCUAUUUCUUCAGCACCAGGGUGUUCGGACAAUCUUUUAUCUACAUCAAAUGAGCAGUCAUUGGAAUUUGUACUGGAGGCGGAACCUUUACAGAAUGAUGAUGUGUGUAAUGGGCCACAAAAUAUCAAGUUUGUUGAUCAAAGUGUGGAGCCUGCAGGGGCAGCGGAUUCAUGCCCCCCAAACCCUGUUGAUCCUGGUGAGAACCCAUGUGCUCACGCCCAUGUGCUUCAGGCAUGUAGUUCAUCUCUGAAUCAACUGCAUCCAUUACCUGUGGAAAGUGGUGUAUCAGUAGAAAAUACACUUAAUUUAUCAUCCGCAGAAGUUGGGUUAUGCAUGUCGGGGACACAAGGAAAGGAGGCAUCACAUACUGGUGUAUCUUCAGCUGAGGUGCAAGGUGAAGACAAACAUUCCGGUGAUGUUACAGCCACAAACAUAGAAUCACAACAAAUGUCAGGGCUCAUGCUAUCUGAGACAGAUCUUACUAAGUCAGAUAUGUGCCUGGAUAAUGUAACUUCAAAAGAUAUUCAGUUAGAGGCCUCAAAAAGUCCUAGAACUUCUGAGUUUCCAGAACCUGAGACAUUGCUUUUAGCCCCAGCCGGGGUCCCUGAGUUACCAAAUGAUUUAGCAAUACAGUCUGCCAUGGACAAAGAAGCUGCCGUGGAAGGUGAUGGAACUAUUGACAGGUUCGAAAGUCUUUCUGGAAGAAAACGCCAUUUUGUGGAGAGUACACCAGUUCUGGAAAAUAACAUUUCAGCUAAGCCAUCUGGGAUGUCUCGAUCUAAAAGAAGUAUGGAUUAUGUUCCCAAAGAUGAUGAUGUGUUGGCAUCCAUCUUAGUUGGAAGAAGAACUCCAGGCUUGAAAAUGAGGUCCACUCCACCUCCUUCAAAACGCCCCCGAAUGACACCCAGGACUUCCAAGAGGAAGGUGCUUUUGGAUGACACCAUGGUCUUGCAUGGCGAUGUAAUACGACAACAACUAACAAACACUGAAGACAUUCGUCGCACACGGAGGAAAGCUCCUUGUACUCAUCAUGAAAUUUGGAUGAUUCAGAAAUAUUUGUUGGAAGAUGAAAUUUUCAUGGAACCCUUAUUUACUGGUAUCUCGGCAGAGCUGACUGGUUUACAGAAGAAAAUGUAUCAUCAGGCUGAGACAGUGCUUGCCCUCACUGAUGCAAAUAAUUCUCCUCUUGGAGUCCCAAAGGAGCUGGAGCUUUCUAAAGGACCAGAGCUCAACCAGGAAACUGGUGUGGCAGGGAUGGGUGAGCCUACUGCAGUCAUGCCACUGAAAAACGAUGGCACCCAGGAACACACUGAAGCAACAAACCAGCAAUCUGAAUUAGCUAUUAGUUCCCUUGGAUAUGAUAUGCCAGAGCAAGCACUAACUAACAUACCUCUACCUGAUUCAUCAAAUGCCCAGUUGCAGGAGUUCACAGCUAGGGAAGUAGAUGUGCUUGAGAGAGGAGAUACUGAUGUAGCAAAUCAGGCUGUGAUUGCUGGGGUUGAGAUGCCCAUAUUGGCUGCUCAGCAAUGUGAAGAUGGUAGUAAUAUAUCAGCUGAUUCUAGAAUAGAACCAUCUUCCACAGGUAAAAAUAAUGAAAAAGAAGCAGUUCAUGAGAAUGAUGCAUCAUGUUUGUCUCCAGGUCAAAAGUUGGUUACUCUGUCUGUUGAUGAGCUCGUGGAAAUGAAUAAUGAAAAACUGCAUUUAACUGAAAACAUAUAUGCUGGAAAGGAUGCUUUUAUUGUGGAUACGACCGAAGAUGCUGCUUUCAUUACCAUUGAGGUGAAUGAUGGAACUUUGAAUCAAGAUGAAGAUCCAUCUAUUGUGCCAGAUGAUUCCAUUGUGGAGGGGAGCAAAGGUGCAAUUUCAGUUGAGGCAGUACCACCAUGCUUGCCUCAAGAAUGUCAAAAUGUUGUUCGAGAGAUUACUAAUGAUGGGAUGUUGACUCCUUUGCUAGAUAACUGUUCAGUUGAAACUGGAGCAGAUAUGUUAAUGGAUUCCUCGAACCUAGUAGAAAACUCAAAUCCUUCUAUUCCAGAUGUAGUUGUGGAAAGCAGUGAGCCAGGUGAUUCAGCUAAUGUCAAAGAUGGCCUAGAGGGAAUCAGAAGCAGCGAGUUGGAGAAUGUGGUUGAGGGUGAGCCUAGUGCUGAAAAGGUGUCAAAUGAUGAUGAAAGUCAUUCUCAGUUUGUUUGUGCAGAAGGGUCUCAAAUGGAUUCGUCAUGUUCAUUGCAAAUUAGUAGAGACUUGGAAAACCUUCCCUCAAAUGGAGUAAAUUUAGAUUGUCAAGGAAUAAUUCAGGAAAAUGUUAUCGAUGCAGAAAUGCCAGUUGCAGACGCUGCUGCAGGAGAUUCUGGUGAUUUCGACGACAUUUUGGACGAGAACGAUACAGGAUUUUUGAACGUAGAUGAUUAUGAUGAGGUGGAUCCUGCAGAAGAGGAGGAUGACGGUAUGCCAAGUGCUGAAGAGGAUCGGUUUAUCGAAAACAGUGGUUGGUCUUCUCGCACAAGGGCUGUUGCAAGGUACCUACACUCGUUGUUUGACAAUGAAGCUGGACGUGGAAGAAAAAAUGUUGCAAUAGACAACCUUUUAGUGGGCAAGACUCGGAAGGAAGCAUCGAGGAUGUUUUUUGAGACUCUGGUUCUGAAAACAAAAGACUACAUCCAUGUUGAGCAGCCAAAUGCAUUCAACAAUAUCAAUAUCCUGCCCACAGUAAAGCUUAUGAAAUCGGAGUUGUGAUUCCCACAAGCACUUGAUACAACGGUACCAAAAUUACCCUGUAAUUCUACCCUGGUUUAUGCUCGGCUCUGCUCAUCCAUUGUUUGGUAACUUCUCUUUUUCGUUUCUAAAUUAUUCCCUUUUUAUUUCCUUCUAUAGCUUAUAAGUUAACAAGGAGCAGAGCCGAGUUUGUGCCUGUAUUUUAUUUGUAUACUGAUCUUACUGUCUGUAAAUAUAGCUGUAAAAUUAGUCAGUCUCUUGUUAUGGUGGAUAAUGGAGAUGGUUAAUUAGUUUC